CCGAGCCUUUACGCGCCUCAGUCUGCCACUAUGCUUCGUGUGUGCAGGGCGGCGUCGGUGGUGGUGGUGGUGAUGGUUGUGGUGGCUCUCGUGGGGGGCGUACAGGCGGAGGUGGGUGGUGGUGAGGGUGGUGUGGCCCGGCGGCGUGGUUCGACUCUCCCUUUCACCACCACCACCACCACCACGGAGGGUCAGGACGAGGAGGGUCAAGAGGUGAAGUUGCUAGUGCCUGACCUCGCCCGCGUAGACAGUGACCUCCUGAAGCAGUCCCUGGCGGAUGAGUUUUUGACCCUCUGGUACAUCUACGUCCUGGCCGACCCCGUGACCACUUCCAACGAGCCAUGGACGCUUCUAAUCCCACGCAACAAGGGGCUGCCACUGGGGGGAGGGUUCCUUACUGACAAGACAGCCACCGUGGACGCCCUGCUCAACCACGUGGUGCUGGGCAAGGUGCUGCGGCCCCCCUCUGCGGCGACUGCGGCGGGAGGGGGGGCGACCGCGACGACUCUGAAGGGGACGCCGGUUGUGUUUUCCACGGACGAAGAAAGCUUCGUCACAGUCAACGGCAUCAGACUCACGGGCGAGGAACACAAAUUUAAAAACGGCGUCAUCUACAUACUCGAAUCGGCUCUUCCUUCCCCCUCCCCUACCUCCUCCUCCUCUUCCUCCCCCUCCCCCCUCAGCACCAGACUUGAGGAAGGGGAAGAGGAGGAAGCGGUGCCGUUGGAGGGGCUGAGUGGUGAUGAGCCAGUGGUGGUGAAGAAGGAAGGUGGUGAUGAUGGGGGUGUUGGCAAGACUGACACCACAACCAGACUGCCGCCUCUAACACACAGGUUCGCCACGUUCAAGCCCCGCCGCCGCCCCGCCGCCCCUGCUGCCGCCCCGCUCCGCCCCGCGCUCCGUCGGAAGGCCGUGAUUCAACCUGUCUUGGGCGAGGAGCCGCUUGGACCCGCCGACGCAGACCCCCUCGAGGCUGAGUUCACUUCUGCAGGCUCAGGGUCAGGGGGUCUAUUCGAGGAGGUGGACCUGGGGCUGGUGGAGGGGUCUGCCGCGCCGCCCUCCUCAGCAGCCGCGCGGGAAAACGACCCCUUCCUGCCUUCCUUCCUCGGCACUCUCCAGGCCUCCUCCGCCUUCACCGCCGCCGAGUUCCUGCACCACUUUAGAGACGCGAACAUCACCAACAAGUUCAGAGACACCGGCCGCUACACUGCUCUGGUUCCACACGACGCCGCCUUCUACAGCUACUACCCUAUCGACUGGGGCUUCAACCCGUUCCUGGUGCACAACUUCACCCAGGAUGUUCUUCUCAACCACUUCGUCCGCGGCAACAUCGCCCUCGACACCCUUCCCGCCUUGGCCGAGCUGACGACCGUUGGAGGACGCACCAUCAAGUUUACCAGGAGAGGAGGCAAGCUGCUGGCCAAUGGGGUGGCGGUGUCCACUGAGUCUGAGCAGGAGGUGUCGAGGGGACGGAUCUUCUUCAUUGACGAACUGCUUUUUGUGGACUACGACAGGGUGUUCGAGCUGCAGAGUCAGUACGGGGACUUGGAGACGGCACCUCUGCUUGGCAAUCCAUGGCCCUCCUCACAGUUCCUCUCCCACCUCCUUGGCUGGCUGGAGGAGCAACCCAAGACGUCCUACUUUGCUGAAUACCUCAACCUCACCAACCUGGCCUACCUGGUGCCUGGACACGAUGAGGACCUGGAGCCCCUCAAGUACACAGCAUUCAUCCCCAUUGAUGAGGCCAUGGCUGCCUUCCUCGACGCCAACGGCCCAGACCCUUUCAUGGUGGAGGAGGCACUAAGGGACUACCUCGUCCUCGGCCACCUGGUCUCUGGACGUCUCUACCCAGAUGACCUCAAAGCUGCGACCACCCUCACGACCCUCGCCAACACGACCUUGACUGUUACUGUUACUCCAGAGGGUGAGGUGGAGGUGGAUGGCGUGCGAGUGCUCACCCCUCACACCUUCCUCUACAACCUGGGCAAUGUGUACCUGCUGGACGGCCUGCUUGGGGUCACCGACGGGGACAUCGUGCGCUCCGUCAACGAGUUCCCACACUUGGGCGGCGGAAGCGACGCCACAAGACCAGAACUGAUCCCUGUGGAGAAGGACCGAGCCACCAGCCCCGCCCCAACCACCCUGGAGCAGCCCCCAGCCCCACCGCCAACCACAACCACCACCACUACAACAACCACCACCACUACCCCUGCCCCACCCACCAGAACCACCACCACCUCCACCACCACCCCACGUCCCCUGCGCCUCACAACUUCUCCCCGCCGCCACCGCCCCCGCCCUUCACCCACAACGCCCAGGAUCCGAUUUGAGACCCGCACGGAGAUCAGCAUAUCAAAGAGAGUCAACGAUGGAGCGCUAGAGACAGUAGAUGACUUUUCCAGUUGAGGGACUCACUGGGCCAAGGGAAGGGAUCUUUUGAGGGACUGAGGGGGGAUAGAGCUAGAGAGAAAGUACAGUGUCAAGUUAUUGCCACAGACAGUCAUAGGGUAUUCAGCAUCUUGGAAAGUCUCUGAUGGCUACUAGGCACUGGCUCUGCUAGGGGUGUUGCUGCUCACACAAGCUCCUGCUCCCUCAAGAAAGUCUUUGCAAGUUGCAUUAGAGAAAACUUUCCCUGAUGUUGAUUAACCUGCGUAUGAGAAAUUCCCAACUGUUAGAUAUGUUUUGUAUAACUUUUGAUACCACAAGGGAGUUUUCUAGAGAGGGAGAGAAAGAAAGUAUUGCUAGAGGGAGAAGGAAGAAUAGUAAAUAAUUAUAGAAUGGAUGUACAGCUGCUGAGAACACCAGAUAUAUAGUCUACUUUGUACAAAGUUAUUUUGUUGUUCUUCAGUGAUGUUUCAUGCAUGUUAUCACCAGAGCUGCUACACCUCAUGACUACUAUUACUACCACUGCUAUCAUUACUACUACUCCUCACAUCAGGUUAUUCCAGAUACAAAUGCAUAUAAUCAUGUAACUGGUGUUCUCUGGGCAGACUCGGAUGAAUGGUGGAGGCUUGGGGUGCAAGGAGUCUGGCCUGUGCACAGAUCCUCGCCAUAACUGUGCACAGGCUGGACGGCUGUGUCCCGGAGAUGGCUGACGAAAGCAUUGUGGUGAGGCAACAGUGUGGAACCAAGGAAUGCCCACUCCAGGGGUGGGGGGAUGGGGGGAGGGGAGGGGUUGGGUGACACCUGGACCAAGGUUUCCUGUCUACAGUUAUUGAGAGGCCGUGGCUGCAGCAAGGCGGCGCCACCCAUCCAAUUAACAAGUAUAUUCCAUGUAUCCAGUUUCCCUGUAUUACUGUUGAUUCCAGGUGACUGUCUGCCCAUCAGUCAGAUAGUACAAGGCCUGUGUUAUACACAGGGGUUUAUAUAAUAAAAUUACAUGUGUA